AUGGAUCUUGAUCAGAUAGAGCAAAAGCUCUUCACAGUGAUCAAUAAACCACUAGGCACCCCUUCUGGGAUCACUGUUGAAGAGAUAAAUUAUUUAUGUCAAACAGUUAAAGAAAUUUAUUUAUCACAGCCAAUUCUACUGGAACUUAAAGCUCCUUUAACCAUUGUAGGUGAUGUUCAUGGACAGUUUCACGACCUUAUUAGAAUAUUUGAAUCAAAAGCAUAUCCUCCUAACGCAAAUUUUCUGUUUUUAGGUGAUUACGUCGAUAGAGGAAAACAAAGCAUCGAAACAGUAUGUUUGUUAUUCAUAUAUAAAAUUAAAUACCCAGAUCACUUCUUCAUGUUAAGAGGAAAUCACGAAUGCACUUAUAUCAACAGAUUAUAUGGCUUCUAUGAUGAAUGUAUAUCUAAUUUCGACAUCGACGUCUACACUACAUUCUCAGAAGUAUUCAACUGUCUACCUAUUGCCGCUAUUAUUGAAGACAAGAUUUUCUGUGUUCAUGGCGGCAUUUCUCCUGAACUAAACUCUCUCGAUCAGAUCAGAGAUGUUCAGAGGCCUUUCGAAAUCCCAGAAGAAGGCCUCAUUGCCGAUCUUUUGUGGUCAGAUCCAUCGGCCGAUGCAACAGACUGGGAAAACAACGAAAGAGGUGUCUCAUGGUGUUUUGGACCUCAGCAAGUUGAAGACUUCCUUACGAAAUUCGGUUUUGACCUUGUUUGUCGCGCACAUCAAGCAAUUAUGGACGGAUUCGAGUUUCCUUUCCCAGAAUCGCAGAGUAUAGUCACUGUUUUCUCAGUCCCGAACUACUGCAACGAGUACGAAAACAAAGGCGCGAUUAUGCACGUUGAAGAGAAUCUUUUCUGCAAUUUUACAGUUUUAGAGCCAAAGAAGUACGAUGACGACUACGAAUUUGAAAUCAGAGCAGGUUCUCCACCUCGUGGAAGUACUUGCGAGCGAAAUUACAACCAAGAAAACGUUGUUGUAUCUGACGUAUGA